AUCCCUUACAGAAAUUUUUUUACUUCAAACGCAUAUAUAAAGGAGGGGUAUUGUUUCCAAAGUCACAAUACUCAGUGGACAGUAGACCUCGUACGUGCACUAGAGAACGCUAGAAGACUUGGGAAAAAUGUUCGCGAAGUAUACAAAGGCCAUACAAUUGUUGCUGUUAGCUAUCAUCUUUGAAAGCAGCCUGUCAUGGCCGCUUAAACCAAAAGUAACCGCAGGCACCAGUUCCAAAGAUAGUUCCGAAGAAGAUUUCGCUUCACCGAGCCAUCACUUCCCUACGUUAUCAUCUCCAUUUUCCUGCGAAGAUGAUGAGAUAAAACCGAUAUAUAGUCCUAUAACGUCUGAAUCUGUGUAUGAAUUGAGGCCCCCAUUGGGGUUUAAGAGAAACGAACAAUUUGGUGAUCAUCAAGACAUCUUUUCAAUAUGGAGAAAGAAGGAAUCGACAGCGCAGAAAUUGUACGGACGUGAAUCUGAGCAUAAACCGCUAGAACAAAAUACAAGCCCUACUAACAUCGAGCAGACAACUCAAGCAAUCCAGACGACUCAGGCAGCUCAGAACACCUUGAAUUCUGUUCGCGAUAAAACUAAGCAUUUCUUGUUGGUAAACCCGAAUGAACUCAGAGAGAUUUCUAACUAUGACGAUGUACAAGAAUUCAUAAAAUCGAUGUACGAUCGUCAUGUCAUCUUCUCAGCUAAAAAUAUAAGUCCAUACCUGGCAGUUAAGCAGCCGGGAAUAGACAAAUUACAUAUACACGCAAGCGGCGAUUCGUUAAUGAAGACGCGUAAGCCAUUGUUUGAGAUGUUGAGAGAGAAGUUCGACCUUACGCCUGUUCCUGAAAAAUAACAAGAUCGUCGCAUCGAAAACGACCGUCCUUAUUUGACAAGAAUCAAGAGCUAUUAAUAAAAAAGAAGUCUGGGAAAAAGGUAAUAACGGACUCAAUAUAUUCGAAAUGAUAAUAAAGAAACUAUUUGGGUGAUCGAAAUAUCUACUACGAA